CCCUCGGACACAGCGGAUCACUGAUCCACGGAAAGAGCUGCAGAUCACUGAUGAUCAGUGUGCCCUGAUGAUCUGUGUACCUCCAGCAGCGCCACCUGUCAGUGUCCAUCAGUGCCAGCUCUCAGUGCUCAUCCAUGCCACCUGGCAGUGCCAGGUCCGUGCCACAUCAAUGCCACAUAUCAGUGCCCAUCUGAGCUGCCUCCCAGUAUCACCCAUCAGUGCCACCUAUCAAUGCAAUGCAGUCAGUGCUGCCAAUCAGUGCCACCUAUCAGUGCCAGUCAGUGACGCCUAUCAGUGCCAGUCAGUGCUGCCU